GAGAGGCUUAUAUCUUAAAAUUCUCAAAAAGAGUGACAUGCCAUUGCGCUGCAGAAACUUUUCUAGCCAGCCCUUGCUGGUGACAAAUGGCUGGUUGUCAGCGUCGGUCAUGGUGGGAUAUAUUUCCUUGGCUUUAUUUUGGAUCAUUUUUCGUGACACACGGUUGUGCUUGCUUCUCAUGUCGUGCACCCACUCCACCAGUUGUGCAUCCAUUUCCUCGCUCACUUUUUUUCUCCCUCCUCCGGUGAGACGUGCACGUUUAUUGUCAGCGUCCAUCAGCUCAUCCUUUUGUCUUUUCCAAUAUCGGAUUUGUUUUGCAUCAACCUUAAAGUGCUUUGCAGCUUUCUCUCCUGAAUACUCCGCUGUAUAACGCAAAGCCUCGUCUUUAAACUUUACGUCAAACUUUCGUCUUUUUGGUGUACCGGUAGCCAUGCUUUUUCUGUUGUCUUGAAAGAACACAGAGGGGCGGGGCACGCACGCUGUCAGUACAGCGCCGUAGCGCUUCACAGAAAAAAAGAAAAGACAAAAAAAAGCUUAUAUUGGGAGGCGGCUUUUAUGAGCUUUCUUCAAAGACGCACCCGGUCAUUAAAGGAGACGGGUUUUUAAUGGAACACAGGUCAUUAUUAGAGGAUUUACGGUACUUCAAAAGGUUUCAACUGUGCGCAAGCUGUGCAAGGCCUGCAGUUUGGAUUCAAAGGGAUCACGCAUGGACCUUAUCACCAGACUAAGAGACGAGAUGAAGACCAGACAUGGAUAUGACAAAAUAUUCCAGAAAAUCUGGGGAGCCUCAGAUGCUGACUCAUGUGGACCACACUGUCAAGAUAUCACAAAAUGUGUGAACAUAGAGCCACGCCGGGCAUCGUGGACAAUACACCCCCACAUCCCUCCCAACAGCAGUCGGGGAAGUGCAUUUUUGUGGCUGAUUUGUACGUUGUACCGACAUGGUGACAGCCAACAGCAUGCAACCCGCUCUCAAGUUUACCUAAACCUUUCCCAGUCCGUACAUCCUGGAGCGUGGAAAGAGACGACUGGUUUGGACAUACAGGGUUUUCUGAGGCAGCUGCUAGGGAAUGACUGUGGGAUCUUCAUGUUGAUGUAUGCCCUAUACACCGUACUAGAUGCCCCUUCUGAUUUCACUGUGAUGGACGUGCCAUCUUUACCAAAGUGCUGGUGUGUCAUGCUGAUGGAGAAUUCUGACCUUGGAAGCCAUGGCAAAAUGUUUGCCCACUGGACAGACAAUUCAAAGGCCCUCCUGCAACCAGUGUUCCACCUGAAGAAGAGGAAGAUGGAUGACAUCACUGAGACCGAAGAACAACAACAACAACAACCUGCUGCACAGCCUCAGCAAGUGAUCGUUGUAAAAGAUGUUGAGAUGACAAUGGAAGUGGACAAAGACGAGGCCAGGGUAAUCUCAGAAUGUAGACAAGCAGCAGCUUGGGUUUUUAGAAAACCAGCACUUGUUUGCAGACAAGCUGGAGUUGCCCUGUGCCCUCACAAUGGCAGAAGAGGAAGUGGCAGAGGCUGUGCAGCAGUACCAGAGACUUUGGUCUGAGGAUGAAGGCUCCAUGAGUGAUGACCAGGAGAAGGAAGAAAUCUUGGAGCCAUUUAAAUUCACUUUCUGUAAAGUGGAGGACUUAUGGAUCUUCUGCAAAGAACUUGCAGACUGACGGAAUUUUUUGAUGUAUGCUGAAUGCAAAACUGAGGAAUAAUUCAAUAAUCUGUACAAUUAAAGGCGGAAAAAAACAAUAAAAAUGUCUUUUCAUAUUUGUUA